AUGCCGCGCUUACCUUGUCUUGGCCUCUUUUGGCUUGCCUGGGGAUUUAUAACGCGAAUCGAAGCCACUGGCGACCUCUCAUCUCUCAAUGACUCCGUCUUUCGUCGCAAUGAGCAGAAUGCCUCAUGGAUGGCGGACAGAUCGGUCCAGGGCGUGCGAAAGAUGAGCGACGACGAAGGGGAGAAGUUCUUUCUUGAGUACUGGCAAUUUGGAGGUGAAGCGCAGACAAGUCUGCCAGAAAGAGGGCUGGCUGGUGAGAACACCACUGUCGAAGAAGUGCAGUCUGAGUUCUCGCCGGACUUUUUCCUUGCAAGAUCCUAUUCUUUUCGACCAUCACAUGAGCCUAAAAUCGGUGACAGGAGCGAUCUACUGCAGUCUCGAGAUUUCAAGUGCCCGACUGGGAUGACGGCUUGUACGUCAAUCCACAGAUCUGAUCGGUGCUGUAACACCGGCGAUACCUGCGAGCUUGUUGAAGACACGGGCUUGGGCUCUGUUGGAUGUUGUCCCAAGGGGAAGACCUGUUCGGGCACCAUUGGGUCUUGCCAGAGUGAAUAUACAGCUUGCUCUCAGGCGUUGGGUGGUGGAUGCUGUAUCCCUGGAUAUGAUUGUGUCGAGGGUGGUUGUGCCUAUAUUUCCGUAGUUACCGUGACCAUCGACUCGACGGUGACGAUCUCAACAAUCACGCAUUCAACUUCCCAACAGACCACUCAAUCGACGUCGUCUCACUCCUCCACUAAGAUCUCUUCUUCAGAUACAAGCACACACACCACAAGCGGAGAGAGCCUCACACCGGCAGACCGUGGCACAACCCUUACCACUUCGACCCAUACGACAACAAGCCGCGUAUACGUCUGUCCAACUGGCUUCUACGCCUGCUCUGCAGUCUACAACGGCGGAUGCUGCCAGACAGGUCGAAACUGUGACACGACCUCGUGCCCGGUGACGUCCUCGACUACGUUCACCUCGGACGGUAGAACGAUCGUGGUACCCGUGAGUACGGGCACAUCGAAUCGUACGGGGAAAUGUGCGUCUGGAUGGUUUAAAUGUUCCGAUACGGCUGGUGGCGGGUGUUGUCCCUCAGGAUUUGCGUGUGGUUCUAGCUGUACUGCGACAGCCGCGACCUCGACGGUUGCGAAAGAGCAGCCUACGAGCAAUGAGGCUGAAUUGAUCAGGGUCGAUGGCCUGCUUGGGAUUGGGUUGCUUUGUGCAUGGUGGCUCUCUGGUGAUGUCCACAUUUGGAGUCCAUGA